AUGGGGAGUGGCACCUCCAGCCAGCAUCAUUUUGCUUUCCAGAAUGCAGAGAAAGCCUUCAAGGCAGCCGCCCUGAUCCAGAGGUGGUACCGGCGAUACGUGGCCCGCCUGGAGAUGAGGCGCCGCUGCACCUGGAGCAUCUUCCAGUCCAUAGAGUACGCGGGGCAGCAGGACCAGGUCAAGCUCCACGAUUUCUUCAGUUACCUCAUGGAUCACUUCACCCCCAGCAGCCACAACGAGAGGGACUUCCUGAACCGCAUGUUCACUGAGGAGAGAUUCCCCGAGGACGCCGAGACCGACAGGAGCAGCGACUACGAGUCCAUAGAGGUCCCCGACAGUUACUCGGGCCCGCGCCUGUCCUUUCCGCUGCUCCCCGCCCAGGCCACCGCCCUGGUGGAAGCUUUCCGGCUGAAACAACAGCUCCAUGCUCGCUAUGUCUUGAACCUUUUGUAUGAAGCCAAGAAACAUCUGGUACAGCUGCCAAACAUCAACCGGGUCUCCACCUGCUACAGUGAGGAGGUCACAGUGUGUGGAGAUUUGCACGGACAGUUGGAUGACUUAAUAUUUAUAUUUUAUAAGAACGGCCUUCCGUCACCAGAGCGGGUGUACGUGUUCAACGGUGACUUUGUGGACCGGGGCAGUGAUUCAGUAGAGAUCCUGAUGGUCCUUUUUGCCUUCAUGUUGGUUUACCCAAAAGAGUUCCAUCUCAACCGAGGAAACCACGAGGACCACAUGGUGAACUUACGAUAUGGCUUCACCAAGGAAGUGAUGAAUAAAUAUAAGGUACAUGGCAGGAAAAUACUAAGGACCCUGCAAGAUGUUUUCUGUUGGCUUCCCCUGGCCACUCUGGUUGACGAGAAAGUUCUGAUUCUUCAUGGUGGGGUGUCAGACACCACUGACCUGGAGCUUCUGGACAAACUAGACAGGCACAAGAUUGUCUCCACCAUGAGGUGCAAAACGAGGAAGGAGAGCGAGAAACAGACGGAGAGGAAGAGAGGAGCCGCGCCGGCCAGCCCGGCGGACAGACCCGUGCCCUGGUUCCUCCCGCAGAGCCGCUCGCUGCCCGCCUCGCCGCUCCGGCCCGGCUCGGACCCGGCCUGCAAGGCCGGCCGCUCCUGCAGCAUCCCCUGCGCCGCGCCCGCCGGCCCCCGGGAGCUGCAGGUGCGGCGCUCCGUGGACCUGGAGCUGGAGCGCUGCCGCCUACAAGCCGGCUUCCCCGCCCUCCGCGAGCGCGACGAGCCCGCGCCCCGCGCCCCCGACGCCGACACCGCGGAGCUGCUGGCGCCCACCCAGGAGGAGUGGAGGCAGGUUGUCGAUAUCCUGUGGAGUGAUCCUGUGGCUCAGGAGGGCUGCAGGGCCAACACUGUGCGAGGCGGAGGCUGCUAUUUUGGUCCUGAUGUGACAGAACAGUUGCUACAGAAAUACAACCUGCAGUUCCUGAUCCGGUCACAUGAAUGCAAGCCCGAAGGCUACGAAUUCUGCCAUGGCCGCAAGGUAUUAACCAUCUUUUCUGCCUCCAACUACUAUGAAGUUGGCAGUAACAGAGGGGCCUAUGUCAAACUAGGACCAGCCCUGACCCCACAUAUCGUGCAGUACCAAGCUAACAAGGCGACCCACACGCUAACCAUGAGGCAAAGGAUUAGCAGAGUAGAGGAAUCCGCUCUGAGAGCUCUUCGAGAAAAAUUAUUUGCUCAUUCCUCAGAUCUUCUUGGUGAAUUUAAGAAGUAUGAUGUAGAAGCAACUGGUUUGAUCCCCCUGAGCGACUGGGCGGCAGCCGUGGAGUCCGUGCUGCGGCUGGGCCUGCCCUGGCGCAUGCUGCGGCCGCAGCUGGUGAGCAGCUCGACAGAUAACGCGCUGGAAUACAAGUCCUGGCUGGACGACUUGGCCAAAGAGCAACUGAGCCACGAGAACAUACAGUCCAGUUUGCUGGAAAAACUGUAUAGAAACCGAUCCAACCUGGAGACCAUUUUUAGGAUCAUAGACAGUGAUCAUUCAGGGUUCAUCUCCCUGGAUGAGUUCAGACAGACCUGGACGCUGUUCAGCUCUCACAUGAAAAUCGACAUCACGGAUGACUGCAUCUGUGGCCUUGCUCGGAGCAUCGAUUUCAACAAGGACGGCCACAUCGACAUCAACGAGUUCCUGGAGGCCUUCCGCCUUGUGGAGCAGUCCUGCUCAGAGCGCGAUGCCUCAGGCUGCCCACAAGCCACACACACUAAUGACAGGCACCACGGCAGCCCGGAUGCGCGCUAGGAGCAGCCUGGUCGCCGUCGCCCACGGUGCCUCACAGGCAGGCUGAGCAUGUGGCUGGAACACCUCCCUGCUCUGUGUGGAUUGGGGGACUUCAU